GCUUCAAAGGGCCGAGGAAGAUGACCGUCGUGCUGCCCGGGAUGACAGCGGAUCACCAGCGGGUCGAGUUCAGGUCAAGUGGAGAACAUGACAGUCUCAUUGACCGCUGGAAGAGUAAAAAUAUGGACCAGCUCAUCGAACUCUGUAACAAGACCCCUGUGUGGAAUGACGACACCCAAAGCUACGUCCUGAAUUUCCACGGGCGAGUCACGCAGGCCUCCGUCAAAAAUUUCCAGAUUGUCCAUGAGAGUGAUGUGGAGUACAUCAUCAUGCAGUUUGGACGCGUGGCAGAGGACGUGUUUACGAUGGACUAUCGAUACCCCAUGUGUGCUCUGCAGGCUUUUGGCAUAGCACUGUCUUCAUUCGACUCGAAGUUAGCAUGUGAAUAAUAGAUAACUUUGUAAUCCUAGAUAUUCCUUUUGUUUUUCUGUAUUUUUGGU